AUGCCACACUCCACCUCCACAGCCAAUGCCACCAAAGGUAGCACGAGCUCCAACUCCCGCAUGGGAACCAACACCACCCGUCGACAGCUCAACCACUCAGGAGGCAUCCCACUGACCGCUGCCAAUCUCGCCCAAGCAGCCGCCAUUCCAAACACACCAGGAGUCGGCCAGCCUACCUUGCCAACUGACACCUGGCUUGGGAGAAGCGAUGAUCCUUUUGCUACAGGCACGCGGCCAGUGCGUUCAGCUUUAGUCUUACAGAACCUCGCGGCCACCGAUCCGCUCGCCGCGGAGCUCAAUGCCAUGUAG